AAAGGGAAACGCCUCUAUCAUCAAGGAGAUCUCGGAUUCGUACAGAUUCAGGUUUUAGGGUUUUCCAGAGAUAUGUCAUCUGGUCGACUGAAAGACUCGACGGAGGGGGAUUUGCAUAUCGUCCCAGUGCCGGAGAGACCGAAAACGGUUAUUCCGGCUAUCCCGCCUCUCCCACCAGCUGCGGUAUCCAACGCACUCGUAGAGUAUACGAAACCCUUACCGAACGAGGAAGAAGAAGAUCUCGAAGUCAAGCUCCGCAGGAUAAUUGAUCAUGUUCCUGUCCGUGUCAGCAACACCUCUGGCAGUUCCGCCGGUUCUGGCUCCGGUGACUUCCACCAGUAUCGGCAAAUGAGACGGAAAGAGCAAGAUCGCCUUACCAGGAUGGAUGUAGAUUACCAGAAAAGAAAGGAACUGUCUGAGUUUAAUAUGAGGAGGGAAGAAAGAAUGAAAGCUGCAGAAGAACGGACUGCAAAGAAGCGCUUGAAACGCCUAAAGAAGAAACAAAGGAAGAAAAUGAAGAAGAACAAAUUGAACUCUGGUGGGGAAGAGGAACAGAAAGAAGGUUCUUCUGAUGAUGAUGACAAUGAUUCAGAGACUGGUGAAGAUGUAAAAUGACUAAAUUUCUGCUCAUUGCCAUUCAGUUCAAGCUGGUUUCUCAGCAGAC